UAUAAAGAUUUCAAUGAGGCUGUUCGUAGUGGUAAACAAAAAUACAAAGCCAAGACUUACGAAUGGUAUACACUUCACUUUUUCUUAACAAGAGCAAUACGAAAGCUGAAGAAAAUACAGAAUGAAUGUGUGACAACUUAUCGUCGUACACAUUCGACAUAUGUGAAAGAGAAUGUUUUAAACACAGAGGUUCGUUUUGGCUCAUUUGCAUCCUCCUCUUUUGAUCAACAAGUAAUAAGUGGUUUUGGAGAUAAGUCCUGUUUUGAAAUCUACACUUGUUUUGGUGCUGAUCUGACAGAAUAUUCUCAGCAUCCUAAAAUGCAAGAGGUGCUGAUUCCUCCAUAUGAAACGUUUAAAGUCAAGGAGAUCAAGGAGAAAACAAAUAAGAACAAUCUCUGGUGUGACACUGUGUACAAGCUGGAAAGCUUUCAAGAAAGAAGUGACCUGAGAUGUGCAAUAGUGAAUAUGAUUAACUCUGAAAAAAAAUAAUUUCUUUAAAAAAUAAUGCUUUGUGCUGUGAUCAGGGUAACAGUUUGGUAACAAUUACCAAAAAGGUAACAAUGUUGUAUCAAAUGUGGUCAUCUGUAUUUUAUUUUAGUCAAGUCAUGUAACUCUGCACAACAAUUUGACACGUCUAAACACAUUUUACCACCCUGAUUUUUGUAAUUGUUUUCUAGUGAUUAAAAGCACAUUUUACUCAAAAAUGAAAAUUCUGUUAUCUUUUACCAUUCCAAACCUGUAUAUUUUUCUAUGUACUUGAACAGUUUGUACAUCCAACCUCGUUUCAAAACCAUGAGGGCAAACGGUUGAAGAAACACAUUCUGAAAAACACAGAGCUGAACACACACACACACACACACACACAUACAAUUUCUGAACACUGAACAUUGACUCUCAGGCUUUAUUGGGGCAUUAGGACUCACACAGGCCAUGAUGUGGUCAAUGGGUGAGUUGGAGUAUCUGUAAAGGUGGGAGUAUUUUCAUGUCACACAUAUGGUUGAUCUCUAGUAGUUAAAAUAUCUGACCUGGAGAUUACUGUAUUGAGAGAAUUUUUUUACAUCACACAAGGAUGGGGCAAUAUUUCCUACAACAGUUUCAAACUGAGAACAAUACUUGUGGCAUAUCCAUUACAGUAGUUCAAUGUGGUCUUAUAUUGUAGAGAACAAUAUUCCUCUGUCUGGCAGUCAGGGGAGGCUCAUCUGUAAUCUCUGCUGCGGCAAAGUCCUGGACUGUAAAUAUCUCUCGAUUGAAGGGCCAAAAGCCACACGUUCAGGACUCUUUAACUUCCUCCUCCACAUUUACAGAUUAUAGUAAACCUGUGCAAACAGUCCAGCCAUCUAGAUAGAAAUCCUUUUGCCGGUGUUUAACCCCAUCCAACUAUCUGCUGCCCUGUUGUAGUAAAACUUUAAACUACUGAAAAUGUUCGAUCAAGAAGCUGCAUUUUGAGACGUAUGUGGGGCUAAUGUGAUCGUGAUGACUCCUCUUUGUUGAGCAAGUGUGACCACUUUCAGUGUUUUAUGCGAGUGGCGACCAUCUAAAAUGUGUGCACGGGGGUGUGGCCGUGGACUUCAAUCAUUUCAUUGAUGUAACCUAAAUGUUUCAUUUACCCUGCAUGCACGUUGAGGAGUAGGCCUAUGUUAAAAAGUGAAAAAUAUACAAAAAAUUAUGCAUCAUUUUUUUUUUAAUUGUCAGGUUUAUAGCUCUCGUUUGUAGUAGUUACAAUACUAUGGCGCUUCAAGUCAAGAGCACUAUAUGAUUUAUUUCGAAUGUUGAAUUCCCAGAUUAUUUGGCUAAAAAAAGUAAUAACGAAUAAGUCAAUACAUAAAUACAAACAAGAUGGGCAAAGUGCCAAAUCAGUAGCCAGGUAUUUGUAUUUAUUUACUGAAAUAAAUAAUUGAAAAUAAAUAAAUAAAUCACAGUGCUCUUGACUGUGCUAGAUUAAAGGGCAUUUCAAGCGAAGGAGAAGCUCAAUGGUUGCUGUUGUAACAAACAAUGCCAGCUAAAGAAAACAUCUGCAUCUUUAGGCAUGCUGUACAAAUAUUGUAUUACAAACAAGAGCUAAAAACCUAACAAAAAAAAAAAAAAAAAAAAACAUUUAUGCUUAAUUUUUAGUAUAUUUUCACUUAGUAGGCCUAUUUCAUUUAAGACUUCUCAUUCGACAUUGAUGCACUGCAUUCUGAUCAGCCUUUUGGUGCUGUUUGUCCCAGGUAUGGGUUUUAUUGGGUUUUGUCAUGUUCUGUGUUAAAAUAUCAGCCCCAGCUGACUGUUAGCUAUUAACACAAAAUAUGUAAAAUGAUGGUUAAGUUUAUAGUUUCUCUGUAUUAAAGGUAAUACAGAGGAUGUUUUCGACGACUGAGAAACCGAAGACCGUUAGUGAGUUUUUGAAAUGAGCGCAUGCGUAAGAACAGCCCCCCUCCUUCACAUUUCGAGGGAACGCCUCCCAAAACUCGUGCACGAGUAUUAGAAUACGAGUGUUUACCACCUGCAUUCGCUGUGUAGUGUUAGUGGAUUCAUUAUGUCGGACUCACCGCAGGUAACUCAUAAUCUGCAGUUGUUACUCCUGUCUCCUGACAAAAACAUUGCAUGCGGCGCCUGUGGAGUGUGGAAAGUUACUGGAGCGCGCAGCCGCGCAGGUCUCUCACAAGGAACGUCAGGGCAGUGAUUGACAAGCCAGAGGGCCAAUCGUUUACGCGAUGAUCGCGUAAACGAUUGGCUGAUGUUCUUAAGGCCCUACCUCGUGCACAGAUGAUGUAUAUUAAUAUUAUUCCUUUCAGUGCACCUAAUAAAUAGUCUUUUAUCAGUUAGUAAAGACAGUUUCAAGUAAUAUUGCAAAAAUGUAUAAAACAAAACAUCCUCUUUAGCACCUUUAAUGUGAAUUGUCUGCAUUUGUCACGAUCACCAGUGAGAGUGCCUGUCAUUGCCAUCAGAGGGCACUCCAACCCGCACUACUAUUAUUGUCAAAGACUCCAUUACCCAUAACACACUGCCUGGUCAAUCUGCCAUUAUUGUUCACAAUAAUGUAGACAAUAUGGGACAAUAGUUGCUUUUUUUUUUUUUUUUUUUUUUUUUUUUUAAUUUUGCCUUUUUCUUGGAUUUCCCUUUUGCCUGUUCCCUGCCAUAUUUGUUUGUUUGGACUGCCUGCCAGUGUUUUGUCCUUUUGCCUGUUAUUUUUGAUCAUGGUUCUGGAUUGUCCCUUAAAUAAAGCUGCAUUUGGAUCUCCAACCUUUGAGUCUCAGAGCAGUUCAGUGCCUGAAUUAGUGUGUUAUAUUAAUUUUCUUUAAUGUAUGCUUUAUUUAGAAUUUUGUGUGUGUGUGUGUGUGUGUGUGUGUGUGUGUAUAUAUAUAUGAUUUUAUUCAUCCUACUGUAUAUACAAUACAUAUUGCACAAAUCUGUAUGUCUUCUGUUCCAGAUGUAUACCACAUUAUUAUUUAUUUUACUUAUUUAUUAUUUUCUUAGUUGUACUUAUUUAAAUGUUCUUUCUGUUCUCAUGUCAUAUGUAUGUGUAUAUGUGUGUACCAAGAGCUCCUGAGAAAACCACAACACAUUUCUGCACACCUGGCAAAUAAAAGCUCAUUCUGAUUCUGAUUCUGAUAUGAUAUCAUGUUUUUAUGUUUAUGUGUGAAUUUCCAAACAGUAGGACAGCAGGAUCUUUCAAAAUUCUAAUUUACGUGUUCAUUUAGCUUAGCUAAAAUGGAUGAAACAGAUGUUCAAAUGUUCAUUUUCACUUAAAAGCAAAAGAUAAAUGAUCCGCC